GGAGGAAGAGGAGGAGGAAAAGGAAGAGCGGCGCGACAGAGACAGUCGAAUCGAGUUGACCUGUACCUCUGCGUUCGAGCGUGCCCGUUCCGCUCGCGAUUCCCCGGUAGCAGGCGAGCUUCACGCCGAGUCUAGUCGCCGCCGUUCAGUGAGCCGAGCGUAUUGUUCGAGUGUCGUCGUCGUCGUCGUCAUCGGGUCGCAAAGUGCAACACCGCCGUGUGCUGUGUAUCGUGUGCCGUGUGCGCUGCAGCUUGCGAGUAAAAGGGGGAAGUGCGGUGCAAUUUGCGCCGAGAUACAUACGCGAAGCCGAGGGCGAAGUGGUAUGAUGGUCUGAUCGCGGUCCCAACAUGACCGUGGACUUUGUCGAUUACUUCUGGGGCGAAAAGAAUAAUGGAUUUGACGUGUUAUAUCAUAACAUGAAGCAUGGUGUAAUCGCCAGCAAGGAAUUGGCUGAAUUUUUGCGAGAAAGAUCAGCCAUAGAGGAAAACAAUUAUAAACUCCUUAGUAAGGUAGCAAAACAGGCGAGUAAUAGCACGCAAGGAACGUUUGCACCUGUAUGGGCUGCUUUGAGAGGUGCUGCCGAGAAACUCGCCGUUUUACACUUCCAGAUGGCCCAGCGGGUAUCCGAACUCAUAAAAGAUGUCUCAAAAUACACCGACGAAUUGCAUAAGAAACAUAAGGCUGUGAAGGAAGAAGAAUCGUCUACCUUAGAAGUUGUACAAAGUAUACAGAGCAUUACAAUAACAUUGCAUAAAGCGAAGGAUAUGUGUAUGCAAAAGCGCCUCGAAUUAGAAAAAUUGAGAAAAGACAAUGCCAGUCAGAGGGAGCUGGAGAAAAUAGAGGGCAAGUUCAAAAAGGCACAGGAUGAUUACAGGACGUUGGUAGACAAGUACACGGUCAUACGAAACGACUUUGAAGCAAAAAUGACUCAAGCUUGCAGGCGGUUCCAAGACGUGGAAGAGACACAUCUGAAGCAUAUGAAAGAAUUUCUGAAUACAUAUGCCGAUGUUUUGCAAACCAAUCACGAGCAGGUCGGCCAGGUACAUAUCGAUUUCAAGCGACAGUGUGUCGAUAUGACGGUGGAAAAGUUAUUAGAGCAAUUUGUUCAAAGUAAAUAUACGGGUUUCGAGAAGCCAGGUGUGAUCGAGUAUGAAGAGGUCAUGACGAGUUUAGCGGAAAUAACCAGCCAUUCUCAGUCGGAGGGCAACGUAGAGACACCUAAGGAAACGUCAAAGGGCACCAAUGGUGAAACAGGCGUAGCCGGUAACAGUCACAGUUCAAAGAAAAAUCAGGGAUUAAAAAGGGAGGGUGAUACUUUGAGGGUAUUGGAUGAGGAAAGGGAAAGGGUGGGACUGGAAAAGGAUAAAGAAAAAGAAAGACAGAAGGAAAAGGACAGAGAAUUGUCACAUGUACAAGCCACCAAGGCUUCCCGCCGUACUACCUCGCUACUCAACCUGUUCAUGUCCAACUCCCAGGGGUUUCUACGCAGUAGAAGAGAAAAACGAAAGGAGAAGAAGGCGAAGAAGAAGAAGGACCUCGUGGACACAAGCAGCAAUAAAGAAGAAAAGUCUGACCUGGAGGACAAGGAUGACAGCAGAAAAUCAGAAACGCCGACGCCGGAGGUGGAUGAGGACGGUUUUUGUAUUAGACCGAAGCCAGAUCCGUGGGAAAACGAAAAAGGAUUCUAUUCCAGCUCGGAUACUGAUUCGGAGGACGAGAGGGAACGUAAGAUCCGAGUGGAAAUAAAACCUCUCAGCAAUGGUGCACCCAUGAGCGCCAGCGUGGAUGAAUUGAGGGCGACAGUGGAAAAUUUAUCUUUAUCACCUGCACCAACAGGACGUAGAGGAUCGAAUACCGAUUCCGAUCAUCAUAUGAAAAGGUCUCAGUCAGUGUCACAGCAAUUAGGAGGUAAGCCAAGCUCAGAUUUACUUGGCCUAAACUUGUUCAAUCCUAGCAGUACACCAUCGAGCGCAUCGACACCAACCGGCAGCCAUCCGUACGCCCCGCUGCAGAGUCCACCACCGCUUUCCACAUCGCCGACCCCAUCGCAGCCACCGCCGCCACAAUCUGCGCCGCCCACACACUCCCAUACUCGAUUUCCAGAUGGAGAUUUAUUUUCGGAAGUCGGGGACAUCACGCCGGCUUUACCGCCAAAGCAAUCUGCAUCCUCUACACCGACAGGGUCGAUCGUGAUACCCAGACCUCCGUCGCGCAGAGGGGAGGGUCCUUCACCGCGUGGCAGGAUGUCACCCGCGACGAUAUCCCGCGCCGAUAGCGUUGCCAGUUUAGAAUUUCGUACCGCUGGCGUGGGCGUGGGUUCCUCGCGGGGACCAUCCCCGCUUACGAUCGGUCUAGCCGACACCAUCCCUCUGGCGGUGGCUUUUCACGAGAUAGUGCACUCCUAUUUUCGCGGCACGGACGAGACUCGCUGUCAGGUGAAACUCAGUGGCGAUAUGAUGCUCUCAUUUCCGGCCGGUAUCGUUACGGUUCUGGCAAACAAUCCCAGUCCUGCUAAAUUGACCUUUCGCGUGAGAAAUACUAAUAGGUUGGAAAGGCUGCUGCCAAACAGUCAGCUCAUCAGCAUGGACGCGACUCAAACUACCGUCGACAGUACAAUCUUCGAAUUCAACAUGAGUGCCUUAACUACAUUGCUACGACGGCAAGCUGAACAGAACCCCUCGGCCUCGUAUUUCAACGUGGAUAUCCUCAAGUACCAAAUCAAGUGCAAGGAAGGCGCGAGUUCGUGCCCCUUUCAAUUAGUCGCAUAUUGGAAGUGUGAGACUACCCAUACCGAUCUUAAGAUUGAUUACAAAUACAACAGUCGUGCCAUGGCCUCACCGAGUCCUCUGCUGAAUCUCCAUGUUGCAGCGCCUAUCGAUGGUGGUUUCAAGUCGUUCAACAGUAAACCACCAGCGCAAUGGUUGCCCGAUACCAACCGCGUAUUAUGGAAAUUCACGGAGCUUUCGCAACAUAGCGAAGGCAACGGAGUUGGAUCUCUAAAGGCACGAGUUGAACUUGAACAUGGCCCAGGCAAUCAGGGCACGAUAUUCACUCAGUUUAAUUGUGAAGGGACCACAUUGUCGGGCGUUGAAUUUGAGCUCAUAGGUUCUGGAUAUCGAUUGAGCUUAGUAAAACGAAAGUUUGUGUCUGGAAAAUACAUAUGCGACGGGGACUUGGAUUCGCGUACGAGAUACGCAGCACCGCCAUCCAGUACGGAUUGACGACUUCCAGAAUGGGCGCCUCAAUGGGAGAGUCAGCCUAUUUAAUAUUGGUACUUGUUUAAUCACUCACUGCCCAUAUCACGACUAUCGAUCGUUCAUAGUCUGAAUACGCAUGGAGAAACUUGUUGGAUACCAAAAUCGUCGAUACCGAAAAUCAAAUGGAUCUUUUUGUAAAAUCAUAUAUUGCAUGUAAGUGAAGGAAAGGCAUCUUACAGAAGUAAGACAUCUUCCUUGCCGAAAUAAACACGAUCCAUAUUCUCUUUGUGUGUUCAAUGCCGAAUGUGAUCGUUUCAAGUCUUCAUUUGUGUUAAGCUAUACAUGACAUUUUAUCUCAAUGGGAACAUACAACUACGAAAUUUAGGAGUAAAACGUCGCAUUCGGCGUUAAAUGUACUCUUCUUAAAUACCGAGGCCGAUCUUUUAUGACUUAACGACUAGAAUCUAUAGGUAGAAACGGGAAAGAUCUGACUUAACGCAAAAUGUAUUUCGGCAAAUGUGUCUAUGUCUUUAUAUAUAACUUGUAUAUUUUUUAAUUUUUUAUAUAUUCCUCUAUAAGAUGUACUGUUUUAACGAAGUUUUUACGAUAAAACAUGAUAGAUGUACAAACAGUUUUUUCCAUCCAUCAAAAAAGGUUCUUGCGUGAAGAUCCUUUGGUGUCCAGCAUAUUCUCCGGCAAGAUGACUUCCGCCAUUUAACAAUUUUUCUCUACAUAAUCAAAAUGCGUCACGGUGUUUUUUAUCUCCAUCUUCUUUUAACACAAUGUACAACGUUCUUUAGUUUAUUGUUAUGUUUUACAUUAUUUUAAUGUAAUAUGUUAGCAUUAUAUUGUUAAUAGUCGUACGGAAGGAGAAAUGUAAACAACAUGAUUAAGUAACGUAUAUGUACAUUUAGCAUUUACUUUGGAAAGAAGGGAUAUAUAUUGUUUACAUAUGGAAUAAGUCUUUCAGCGAGAAAAUUCUGGCAUAUAUAUCAAUUUUUAGUUUAUUUUUAUGCGCGCGAGGAUAGGAGUAUUAAGUAGCAAGAUAUAUGAUAAGACGCGAGUAAAAGUUGUUUUACUGAAGAAAAUUACGAGAGGUCAAGGGGCGAUAGCGAGAAAAAUAGAGAUAAAGAGUUUAAAUCAACGAUACUUUUUUAAACGUUAGCACGUGCGAGGCGAAUCAAAUGCUGAUUCUGUAUUUUUGAACGUUUAAAAGUUAAAACACAAUUUUGACGAUGAUAACAGGACUAGCGUUAGGUAUAGCUAAUGACAAACGAAGAGGAGACUCGUUUAUCUAAAUGUUUCAAACUGAGAUUCUUAGUAUUAUACGUAAAACGCUGAAAGUUUCGUACCUUUGCGAUUGUGGCGCGUUCCGUUUUCGCCUGUAAAAUCAUAUUCUUGUUAUAGUUAUAUCACACUUGUUCAUGUGUCACAUCCAUUGCUUUAUACAUUAUUAAUUUAAUCAACAUUUAAUCAACAUUUAGAUUACAAAGUAUCACAGAUUAAUGUUAAAGUAUUUCGUACGAAACAUUGAUUCUCGAUAAAGUCAAUUUCCUGAAGGCAUUAUCAGACGGGCGAUUUAUUUUUAUCAAUAGUUUACAUUUUGAUAUUGAUCAAUUACCGAUUAAUAGAAAAUUAAUUAUGGCGAUUAAUCAUGAUAACUACACUACACGAGUAUAUCGAACAAACAAAGUAAUUGAUUUGAUUUUACUUAUGCGCUGGAUUACAUUCAUGUCAAACUGGUUUUUUUUUUUAAAGAUAUGAUGGUAAUCUUAUUUAUUAUUGUGCAAUAUGCAGUUGGUUUCAAUUUUGCGUCCUCUAAACAUAAUUUUAGAUUCUCUAUUAUGAUGACAUUUAACCUAUUAGAAAUUAAGCUUAUAAUAUAAAAAAUUUAGUUUUCUAUAUUAUAGUAAAAUUAUUUUUAUUUCUGAGGUUAUAAUAUUACAAUAAUUUGAUUUAUGUAAUUUAUAUAUCACAUAAUCAAGUUUGUCGAGAUAGAUUCUGCAAAGUGUUUGUUGCACAUUUUAAAUGAUCAGAAAAUAAAAGCUAAAGAGAGAGAGAGAUUAGUGAUCUUGAGAAUCAUAAUCUGACGUUAACGCGAUAGAUUUAUAUUUUAACGUACGAUCAACUUUUUAUUCAUUUAAGAUCAAUGACAAGUCGAUCGAGAUUAAAUUUAAAUUAAAGUAACAUGAGAAAAAAAUUGAUAAUUUUAGUCUUUUUUCAUAUUGAAACUGUGAGUAAGGAUAGAUUAUGUUUUUAUAUAAAUUUGUUUUUUGUAACUUAUAUUUUGAACUAGUGAUCUUGAAUUUUAAAUUAUUCGCAUAAAAGAUAUACAAUUAUUUUUUAAAAAACUUAAUUUAUAUUUAAGGAAGAGAAAUUAAAUAUAAAAUUGGAAGAGAAAUUUAUUAUUAAAACUUUUGUCUAUAAUAAAAUUUUUGUCUUCUAAUAAGUGAGUUCGCGCACUAGUCGUUAAUGUUGAUUUUUUAUUGGUAAAAUAUUUCUUAUUUUUAUAAAGUAACAAAAUUACUCUUUAUAUUAUUUAUAUCUGUCCAAGUAUUUUAUUACAUCAAAGUACUUUUGAAAACUCGGUAAUGAAUGGAAUUGAUUUUUUAGAUACAUAAUAUACAAGAAAAAAUGUAACUCAUGAGAAAUCUGAUUCAAAUUGUUAUAAUCCAGCACUCGUGUUUUCUUCCGUGUUUCUACAUCGAUGACAAGCAGCAAUCGCUGCCCCUGGUCUAAGAGAAUUCAAUUCUCCUAUGCUUGAAACUACUAAUCUUAUCAAUAAUCGUCAAAUGAAAUUCAACGUCUCGAAAAUUGAAGAUUCUUGAGACUUGAGAAUCAACGGGCACUAAUGACACGAUACGCCAGUUUACAUCCUUUCGUUGUAAUGAUCGUUUACUAGACGUGAAGUAUCGUCUCUUUUAUACUUCCCGUUGCUGUAAAAAAAAUAUUACAAUCGGCAAUAGAUUAUUAUGAUUAUCAUCAUUACUGUUGUGUCUUAGCUACUGUUUCUGCGAUACUUUUUACAUUUCUCUCAUUGUGCGUCUACUUUUUACAUGAGAGCGUUAUUUUCAAGAUUGCUUUUAAUUAAGAUUGAUUUUUAAUUGUAACUGUUAUACGGGCGAGGGACGAUACACCAAGAUCUAUACGAAGAGCAAUAUGAAAACAUCUGUAACAUAUGGCGAAACUCGAGUGACCACUCCGUUCGAGAUAGAUUAAAUUCGACAGAUCAAUUGCGUUGAUCGGUAUCGAGUUAGUAAACAAUAGGAGAUGUCUUUCUAUUUCGUUUAUUAUCUACGAAAUUUCGAACUUCGAGUAUUCGCGUAAUAAUAAAAGAUAAAAAAAGAUUUUAUUUCUCCACGUAGACUCCAUUCCGUUAUCAACGCAAUGUCGUUAUAGUUGUCUUUUCCUUUGGUAUUGAAAGUUCGCGCGCCAACGUUCGCAUAAAUACGACGACGAUGGAGUGGUUUCUGAAGAAUCGACUGAGCUCUCCUGUGAUACGCAAAUGUCACUAUAAUUUCGUAAUAAACGUUUGUAUUGAAACAUAUAUGUAUGUUA